GAAUCUCUGAGAUUUAUAAUGAACUUUUGUUUUUGUGAUGGAGUCGUUUCAGUUCAUCGCAUGACUGUAUUUUGCUCGCUUAAAUGGCGUUAAUCUCCAGGAUGUUUCCUGUGUUUAGUUCACUACAGAAGAGGAGUGGCUGUGAAAAAUAUUAUAUCCUCCUGUUAUUUUGGAAUAAACAGUGUGAUGAUCGUUUAUGACAGAGGGUUUUAAUCCAGCUACGAUGGCGUCCCCCAGGGCUCAAGUUUCAGUCCCAUACUUUUCCUGUCCAUAGCUUUUUUUUUGCAUUAUUAUGACACAAAUCGAUAAUACGACGUUAUAAGAUAUAAACAGGCUUCAUCACAGGGAAAAAUACAAACUCUGUGUCACAGAUUUGAUAAACUGAAUGUAAGUAUUUUAAAGCUGUCACUCACCUGUCUGUGUCCUCGGAGAGCUUUGCGGACAGGUUUCCUCUCUACAAACACUUCAACUGGACCAGAAACCACAAACACACACUCACAGACAAACACAAAUGACAUGGUAUUAAAAACUCCACAUGAGACUACAGAGAUGACUUUUGCAUAAUGGCUCUGCAGCUGCUCCACCGCUCAGACCUGAGAUUUAUCUUGAGGUUUUUACAUAAAUGAAUCGCUUUUUUAUGGAAACAAACACAGGAGACGACUUAAAGGAGUCAAAUAUGACAGAGGGAACUUUAGGAAACUGUGUAACUCCAGACCACGUCUAUGUGAUGCUGUAUUUAAGAUGUUAGUCACACUAAGUCAGUAAAGAUGCAGUAGAGAGUGGAUUUAGAAGUACAAAGAAGAAUCUCAGUGAUAAAAAGCAAAAAACUCUUUAUUCUUUAUUUAUUCCAGCCAAGGAAAUUUCUCCAUUUGACAAUAUCAUGUCACAUUAAAACAUUUUUUAUCCAUUGGUUGGAAAAGAGCAGGGAGGAGAAGCAUCUUUUAUCAUCUAACCCCCUCACUCAAAGUCUGAUUGUUCUAAUAAUCGAUCACUGAGCAACAUUCAAACCACAAAACAAAACAAAACAAUAACAAAACAAUAACAAAACAAAACAAAAAACCCCAAAACAACAACAAAUCAAAACAAAACAAAAAAACCCCAAACAAUACCAAAUUAAAACAAAACAAAACUAAGCAGAAACAACACAAAACAAAACAAUGACAAAACUAAACAAAAAAACCCAAAACAACAACAAAUCAAAUUAAAUCAAAACAAAACAACAAAAACCAAAACAAAACAAAACAAAAAACCCCAAAACAAUAACAACUAAAAAAAAACUCCCAACAAAACAAAACAAGCAAUACAAAACAAAACAAAAACAACAAAACCCAAACAAAACCAAUAACAAAUCUAAACAAAAACAACAAAAACAAAAAAAACAAAACAACAAAACAAAAACAACAAAACAAAAAGUAAACUAAACAAACAAAAAACCCACAAACAAUACAAAACAAAAACACAAACUUAACUAAACCAAAUAAAGCUAAACUUAACUUUCAGUUUCGUACAUUUUAGAUUUAUUCCCGUUAAUUCCCAUUGAAAGUUUCCAACUUUUAAAACUCCUGGAAUUCCGCGACCCUAAAUACAAAUAAAUAAACUCUGACAAAUAAAUUUGAAAAAAAAAAAAAAGAUGUCAAGGCAAAGAAACGGGUUUUAGUUUAUCAAUUCGUUUUAUUUAACAGCUUUACUAAACUAUUUCUAAAAAGUGACUUUCAGUUAGACUGGGUUAAAGUAGAUGUUAAAGAAGUGACUUUUAGUCUGGGUUAAAGUUCAAUAAAUGAGGAUGGGCGGAACCAUUCUCUGACGUGUUUCCGCCCGGACUAUUUUUAUGAACGGACCAGUGCACCUUGAACCUGCCAGAGAAGACCCACUUCUGUCUCCUCUCCGUGUUUUUCUGGAUUUAUGAAGAAAUAAACUCUUUUUAAAGAUGUCUAGAUACACACAUUUGUUCCGAAACGCGCCGCCGGUCUUCGGGCGGUUGCGGCGCGUCAGGAACGCGGAGAUGUUCGUCAGGUCGCCGUUAAACUCGGAGUUCGUCUGCGGCAGCUCCGCGACUUCGACAGGGAGGAGUACGACACCUGAGCAUAAACCCAGCCCCAGGUGUUACACGAGCUCCGGGACCACACCUGUCCGGAUCGGUUGUGCCUCCGGGUUCUGGGGGGACACGGCCACCUCAGGUAAGGACACUCAGCCUCGCGCUAAAACAGGUAAUUCAACAGGUGUUUACUUUCUUCUUCUUCUACGGUUUACCUGAGCUGUUCCAACCGUGUGGAGGUGGAAAAAGACGGUUUGUCGUUUUAAAAUGUGUUUUUGUUGUAUUUAGAAAGCAAAUGCAGUAAAUACCGGAGUAUGAAUAGACAAAGUACUGUGUGUACUUUAUGUGUACUGGACGUUCAGCAUGUGUGUAACCAAUAAAAGACACAAUACAAAAGUACAAAUUCAACAGUUUAAUGAGUUCAGACUGGAACAGAACUGCUAUAACAUAUUAAAAUUUAACAAAAAUAAGACUUAGAUUUGUUUGUUGGCAAUAAAUCAACAUGAAAAAAGAAUCUAUUGAAGAGGAUUUAAUAAAAUCUGGUCUUAAAUAAAACAGAGCGCAUUAUUAACCCUUAGAACUCCCAAAAAUUUUGUAAUUUUUGAUCCGCCUGUUUUCUUUUUGUCAAAAUCUCGAUCCUUUCAAGCACAGCAAAUAUAUACUCAUCUUAUUUUUUUCAGGACAACUUUAUUUGUCAGUUUAUAGGUGCAGAAAUAAUGAAAUGAGUGUGACAGUAGAUUCAGAACCAUCAAGUCAAUCUCUGUCCGAAAACGUCUUUUAAAACUAACAGAAACAUUACCCAGAAUGCCUGGUUUUGACUGUACCUGCGUUUGCAGUGCCUCAGCUGAUCUACAGCGGGAAGCUGGACUUCCUGGUGUUUGACUACCUCAGUGAGAUCACCAUGUCGCUGCUCACCGCCGCCAAGACCAAGAUGCCGGUGAGUUCACGGAUCCUCCAGAGUCUGCUGAUCCUCAUUUUCUAUGAACCUUUAACCUUCCUCCUGUGUUAGUUUCUACUUCGCACCCUCCAUGUUAACAGGUCGGUUUUGACCCGUGUCUUAGAUCAGCUGUAAAUUAAAAACAAUUCUCUAUCAUCCAGUUUGGUUCUCAACUCUAGGUCACCUUGUUCGGCUUCAUUAUCCAUGAAAAUAUUGAUUAUAAUAGUUUUUGUCGUGGUCCUCUGGGCCUUUCUUUGUCGGUAUACCCCUCACACUAGUGUUGUGUAGUUGGUGAACGAUUCGUCCAAAAGAACCGAAUCUUUUAAGUGAACAUACUGAACAGAAUCACUUCCUCGAGUGAUUCGUUCAGUUGAGCUAAAGUGAGAAACAGCCGGCGAACGAGGGACCGCAUACACCGAUGCCUGAAUCUCUUGGUGAACGAAUCACGCAUUGGACUACACUCUCAGGAAUCAUUUUUGUCGGACAAAACUAACUUUUUUUUUUUUUUUUGCCACCACAACAACUUGCAUACAACAGGACACAGCAGGUAACAAGCAGUGCAUUAAACCCGCAGCAUCCUAUCACUGCAGCGGUUUGCGAGGGAACGGUUCAUGUUCAGUGUGAAUUCUUCUAAACGAACGAAUCACCCAAACUUACCGAGCAGACCCGAUAAAGAUUUGAACACAAUUGAACAGUACACUUAACACAUCAUGAUUUAUAAUCAAGUUCGUUUUUACAGACCUGUUUGUAAAAAACCAGUAAACUUAUGAUUUCAGUUUUUGCUCUGAUUAUCAGAUAUUGAUCUAACCGGGUCAAUAGCAACCCUGACAUGACAAGUGCUAUAAUUUUAAUAAGAGGAUUUUAUAAUCUAGUCGAUUUAAUGUUUUUAUUUUCAUUGUGUUGAAACAAAGGUUCCUGACAAAGAUGUAAAAAAAGCUAAUUGAAGUGUUUCUUUUAAGUAUUUAAAAACCAAAAUCAGGUCGGUACAGACCCUAACACAGGAGGAGGGUUGAAGUUCUGGUUUGUGUCUGUAGAUCUACGGUCUGUAGCUCCAUCUUUAAACCCUAACACGUCCUGGUCCCGGGGUUUUCUGUUAAUCCGACUGUUUAUUAAUUUAUUUAGUUUACUUUAUUAACUUAUCACUGAUCAUCGAAAUAAACUCCAAACGGUGUAAAAUAAGGGUUCCCAGCUGUUCCUCAUGACUGACUGUAGAUGUGUGGUUGUAGUUUCUGCUGUCUGCCAGCAGGGGGCAGUGUGGCGUCUCUUUAAUAUAUGAAGGUAACUGGAGGUCUCUGUCCCUGCAGAACAUGGGUUACGCUCCAGACUUUGUCCAGGUGGCGCUCGCUCCGUUUAUCAACGACAUCCACAGGAAAGGUGACAGACCACGCCCCCUUUUCUGCUUUUAUUGAUUGAUUGAUUGAUUGAUAAUCUUUAGUCUUAAAGUUUAUUUUUAAUCUCACAUCAUCCCGUGUCCCCGCAGGGAUCCGUGUGGUCAGUAACGCCGGAGGAGUGAACCCUCUGGCGUGCGCCGAGGCCAUACAGGAAGUGCUUAAAAAAGCCGACCUGGACCUCAAAGUCGCCGUGGUGACGGGAGAUGACCUCAUGCCCCAUGUAAGACCGCCACAGUUCGAUAUCGUCAUGACACGACUGAUGACUAUUCCUUUAUUUAUCCUCAUGUCCUUUCCUCUCUUGUUUCCCUCCUCUUCUCUCCUUUAUUUCUCCCUCCCUUUCCUUCCUCGUGUCCUCUCUUUCCUCCUUUCUCUCUUGUUGUCCUUCCUCUCUUUCCUCCUAUCUCCUUGAUGUCUCCUCUCCUUUCCUGAUUUUCUUUGUUUCCCUCUUCCCUUUUUUCUUUCAUCUCCUUUCUGUCUUUUCACUUUUCUUUCCUCCCUCUCCUUAUUUCCUCCUUCCUUUUGUCUUACCCUCUUUUCUUACUCUCUCUUUUUCUCCUUUCCUUCCUUGCUUCUCUCCUCUAUCUUCUCCAUUCCUAUUCUUCUUUCCUUCCUCCCUUCUCUCUGCCCACCAUCUUAUCGUCUGCCCUUUUCCUUGUUUCCUCCCUUCCUUCCUUUCUUUUUCUCCUUGUUUCCUGCCCUUCACUCCUUCCUCUUCUCUUCUUUUAUUCCCCCCUCAUGUCUUUCCUUCCUUCCAUCCUCCCUCCUCCUUCCUCUCUUGUUUCCUUUCCUCUCUUUUCUCCUGUCUCCUUGAUGUUUUCUCUCCUUCCCUGAUUUUCUUGUUUCCUCCUUCCCUUUCCUCUAUUAUCUCCUUUCUGUCUUUCCUCUUUUCUUUUCUCCCUCUCCUUAUUUCCUCCUUCUUUUUGUCUUUCCCUUUUUUUCUUACUCUCCUCUUCUUUGUUUCCUCUCCUCUUUCCUCUCCAUUCCUUUCCUCAUGUUUGUCCUCCCUUCUCUCUUCCUUCCUUCCGUCCUUCCUUCUUUCCUUACCUUCUCCCCUCGUGUCCUCUCUUGUUUCCUUUCCUUCUCUCCUUCUUCUUCUCUCCUGUAUUCUUCCCUCUCAUCUUUCCUUCCUCGUGUCCUCUCUCCUCCCCCCUCAGAGGAGCGGUCUGUCUGAGGUCAAGAUGGCGGAUGACGGCAGCAGACAGUCGUUACCUAAAACCCUCCACAGCAUGAACGCCUACCUCGGGUACGGACUCGCCGUUCAUCGUUAAACCGUUUUUCCUCUCUUUGUUAACACGUCUGAAAAACUAACCCUCAUGUUCUUUCUGAGUUUAGAGCUGAACCGAUCCGCCGCUGUCUGGAUCGUGGCGCUCACAUCGUGGUCACCGGGCGCUGUGUGGACAGCGCUGUGGCUCUGGGUCCGCUCAUGCACUCUGUACGUCUGAUUUAAACCUCUGUGUGAAAGGUCUUAAGGUGGUUUUAAAGAGUUCAGGUGUGAUUCUUACCUGUGAUCGUCUUUAACAGUUUGGAUGGCAGAAGGACGACUACGACCUGCUGGCAGCUGGAAGGUACUGCCCCCAAUAAAAGUCAAAUAGAUUCAUUAUCAGGGAUUAUUCUGUUUGUUUACAGAUGUGGAGGAUCUGAACUCUGUCUGAACACGUGUGUGUGUUUGUGUGUGUGUGUGUGUCAGUCUGGCAGGUCACCUGAUCGAGUGCGGAGCUCAGAGCACAGGAGGAAUCUUUACCGACUGGCACAAAAUCCCCGACUGGUGAGCUGUGAUCUAAAAACUGACAGCUGUGAUGAAGUUUAACAGCUGAAACCCACAGGAUCCGGAACGGCUGCGCUCCGCUCCGGCACGGCAGGCGGAUCAAAUACACAAGCAUUAUCAUCGAUGUGAGUGAUUCCACACAAUCCAUCCGCCAUCCGGCUCUGCUGCGGAUCCGCUCCGGCAAGAACUAUCGGUAAUAUCCCGGAUCGGAUCCGGUGGGUGCUGUAUGCUUGUGUAUUCGAUCCACCUGCCGGUCCAGAGUGGAACCUUUCUGGAUCCAGUGGGAUUCCCGGGUAAGAGUUUGGAAAACCUGGACCUUGAGGUCUUCGCUGAUGCUCUACCUGCCUCAGGUAUUCCAGGUAUUCCAGGUACGCUCGUUAAAGGGACCAGAUACAAAUGAUGGUGAUCCUGACUGAACGUCAGCAGAAUAAAGGGAUGUUUGGUCCAGCUGCUGUCUGAGCUUUUUUGCUUUAUCUACUUCAAUUUAAAGUUUGGCUACCAUGGGGGGUUCAGGGUGGUGUUCAAGAGUAUUUUUUGGGGGAGUAAAAGCGAAUUAAGCCGGUUAUGCAGGAUCCCUAAUGGCGGAUCCUUAUCCCCCUCUUUGGUCUCCUCUGUAACCCCCAAUUUUCACAUCGUUCCACAUCUGGAACGGCACAGAUGUUCGCCAUCCACCAAUUCCUACCGGGUCUGUUUGUGAGGUGAAUUUCGUGGCGGAUUAAGGACAGUGGUAAUCACGAGAACUCACAAGAACCCGCGGAUUCAUGUGCAAUCGUGCGAUAACGAGUUGUCUCUAUAAAGACAGACACAUAGACAUAUAAGCAGUAGAUUGUGUCCUUCCAGAGGAGGAAAUCUACUUCUAGACUUCUAGAAUCAGCAUCUCCUCAUCCAUGGUGUCAUCAGGGUGAAAUGACGUCUAAAAACCUUUCACGAUCCGCAGAGGAACGGAAAGAAGUCGGUGGAAAUUGACACGUUAACGUGAAUGGUUCCGAUCAGCUACGAUCGGAGGAUACGAUCUUUUCGUAGCCGUUCUGGAUGAAGGUGGAGAUUGGGGUUAUUCUCCUCUUUGGUCUCUUGUAAGUGUGAGGAACCAGAAGUCCGGUCCUGUUUGGGGUCUGUGAUGAAAAUAGUAAAUGUCGAUUUAACCCUUCGUUGUGUUCCUCAGGGAUAACAUGGGUUUCCCGGUGGUAGAGUGCUCCAGCGACGGCUCCUUCGUUCUCUCCAAACCGCCGAAAACAGGCGGCCUGGUUUCCUUCGCCACCGUAGCCGAGCAGCUGGUGUACGAGAUCGGAGACCCGCGGCGAUACCUGCUCCCUGACGUGGUCUGCGACUUCAGCCAGGUGUCCAUCAAGAAAAUGCGAGGUGAGGAAAAAACACUCACACAGAGUCGGCAUUGAGAACAUGACCGGCAGCUGAACCGCGGACUGUUUUUCAAAUCCAGAAACAUUCAUCGGGAAACCUUAAACAAACUCUGAGUGACCCGCCCACCCUCCUCUGAACUCUGAUUCAACUCCGUAUCAGCGUUUAAUUCCUCUUUUUAUACAAACUAAACAUGUUUCCAUUAACACAGAUUGAACCGGUCCGUAUCUCCAAACCUCUGCAUGAACCCUGAAACCUCCCUCUGAUCCUCCAUCAGCUCCUCCUCCUCACAGAUAAGGAGCUUCAUUUCACUCCUUCUGCUCAUUAAUUCGGUGUUUUAGGGUUUUGUUUUCCUCGGUCAGCUGAAGAAGGUGUAAACACGAGGAAACGACCCUUCUACCGCCGCGUUGGAGUAAAUACAGGUCCAGAUGAUCCGUGUAUGUAUAGACAUCCUUCAGUUUUUCCCAUAAGUCAACCUCCAACAGAAGCAAUAACUCCUCCAUGACCCCGACGCGACCCGUUUCCUCCAGCAGCAUAUAGUUUAUCUUCCCUGAAGUGUAGGAAUGAGUUCGCUCCGCAGGCUCACCCAGAGUGAACCGCAGAACUUCAGCGGAGAAGUAGGUCAAAUCUGGUCUGCAAGAGCCGCCAGCUGACGGAGGUUCAACCAGUUCUCAUGGCGAGUCCAAGAAAGUCAGCAGAAGUUCAAAUAACGAGUGAGAAACCUUCUAAAGUCAGGCAUGUUGGACCGAAGGACCUGGUUCAGUGUCCAAAAUCAGAUUUCAGUUUGUCUCUUUGUCAUGACCCAAAACUUCACCGAACCUUGGAUCCAGCAUGACCUGCAAUCUCUGAUACUCGCACCGUCGAACCGCAGAACCGGUCUUGGAGUGAGUUCUGGUCCAAUUCAAAGUGAUCCUGUCACAUCUGUCUGUAAAUCCACAAGCUACUUCCUUGUUUGAGCCCAAGACACAUCUCCUGAGACCUUUGGUCCUCCAGUGUUUGGGGGUCUCACAACAUCAGACACCAACAGCAACUCCGACUCAGGUCCCAGCAGCCACUGCCCACAGGUUGAUCAGGCCCUGGUCUUGACCUCUCAGAUUGAGCGGUCUGGGACAGUCCAGGGUCGUCAUUUAUCAACGGUGCGUGGAAAAGGUUCUAAAUUCUGGCGUAGGAAUGAAUCUGGCGAUGGCGUGAAAUCCUGGUUUUAUUUGGGCGUGUUGCUGAUGUGUGUUCGGGAACUGGAUGUAAGUCGAGUCCGGAGAAAUUACUGCAUCCAACUCUGCCGACACGAUUCUGUUUAGCGUUGGCUGCGGAAUAUCGUGUAUGUCUCUAACCUCACGCUGAGAUGUUGGGGUUAGGGUGGACAGGAGCUGGAUGGUCACUGGGAUGAUGGCGUUGGUGCGUUUUGUCUCUCGCUCUGACACGGUUGUAAAUCACGGAUCAUAAAUCCAUUCACUGUUCUACCACUAGGGUAGAACGUUCCUGAGAACAAGUACAGGUUGAUCAAUUCCUGACUUCGCGUGGGAAUGUUCGUACGCACGGUUGAUAAAUGAGGACCCUGGUCCACCAGGCUGCAGGUUCUCCACCCUCUGGUCUUGCACUCCUCCACCAGGUCUUGGUACUUUGCACCAGGAUCACAGCAGAUCUUUGUAUUGGUCCUGAUCAUCUCUCCUGAUUGCUUUUAGCAGCUGACCCAAAGUGAACUUUGCCUGAUCUUUAACAAACCAGAUCCUGCGCCGGGGGGGGGGGGGGUUCUGGAUCUUUCUGGACCAGGAUGUCCCUUUUCAGAGCCCUGAUGUGAACUUUGAGUGACUGUUGUUGCUGAAGCUGUAAAUAUUUCCGUCUAAUUGAGCCUCAGUUGAACCUCCGAGCUUCAUCUGACCGCUCCGUGACCCCUCAAGUUCAGUUUUUUAGCACGAGGACGCCAGAAACCUGACCCCAGGAUGAACUGGUGUGUGCAGUCUGUGGUCCGGCUCAGGCGGGGCGGGGGUGGAAACAUGCCGCGGUGCUCUGAGUAAUGUCAGGGAGGAGGACAACACGUUCCUCUUUUUCUCAACGGUCACGGGGUCACUUCUUCUUUUUCUGUCCUGACCCGCUUUACUUGGACGACACGUACAGUUUCAGCGAACACACUGUUUUAGGAGGUUUAUUCCAUGCUUUUAUUUUGAAGUGUCUUUGAUGUGACUUCCUGUGACGUGUGUUUCCAGGUGUUGACGGAGGUGCUGUCAGAGUGACCGGAGCUAAAGGCCUCCCACCGUCACAUGACUACAAGGUCAGACACCGACCGUUGAAUGCUCUGUCUGUUCUUCCCCCUUAUAUGGUCGUCACUCCCUUAUAUGGUCGUCUUACCUGUGUUUCCACCCGCGUCUCUCCAGGUGUGUGCGACCUACAUGGAUGGUUUCAGGGCGACGGCGGUGUGUCCGGUUGGAGGGCCAAGAGCGACGGAGAAGGCCCGGCGGACCGCGGAGAGCAUCAUCAAACGGUGGGUGAUGUAGGAACGGCGCCCUUGGUCAUAGAUGUUCCUGCGUUCUGAUUGGCUGGUGAGAGUAACUGAGUGUGUGUGUGUGUGUGUGUUUUGUGUUUGCAGGACCAAGAGAAUCUUUAAGCAGUUGGGGAUGGAGGAUUUCAGCGCCGUAAACAUCCAGGUCCUCGGAGCCGAAGACACGUACGGAGAAAACGCCCGCAGUAAGGUAUCGAACACGCACACAAAUACACACACACACACACACACACACACACGCACACACAAAAACACACACACACACACACACACAAAAACACACACACACACACCAUUUUGUUGAAUUUCAGGGAGGUUGUCCUGUAGUCGUCUCUUUCUUUUUUUUCUUUCUUUCUUUCUUUUAUUGUCACUUCUUUUCCUCUUUUCUGUUUUAUUCUUCUUACUUUCUUCUCUCUACCUUCUAAAGUACUUUUUUCUUUCUUUCUUUCUUUCUCCCCUUUUGUUUUUUUCUUUUAAAAUUUAAAAUUAAUUAUUCUUUCUCUCUUUUUAUUAUGGUUAAUUUAUCAUCCUCGUGUCAUUUUUCAUUUCUUUACUUUUUCUUUUUUAAUAUUUUAUAUUUUAAGUUUCCUUUUUUUCAUAUUUAUCUCAGUUUUAUUUCUUUUUCUUAUUUUCAGUUUUUCGUUUCUCUCUCAAAGAUUUUUUCUUUCAGAUUUUUUCGCUUUUCUUUUUUAUUCUUUCAUAAUUCCUGUUUUUUUUGUAUUUACCUUUUUCUUUAACUUUUAAAAAUAUUUUUUUCUUAUUUUCUUUUACCUUCUCAUUUAUUUCUUAAUUUUUUCAUUUCAGACUUUUUCUUUCUUUGAUUUAUUUAUAGUUUCUUUCUCCCUUUAUGUUUUUUCUUUAUGUUCUAUUUUUGAAAUCUCGUUUCUGUCUUGUUUUGAACCUUCUAGUCUUUUUUCCUUUUUUCUUGUCUUCUUCCUUUUCUUCUUUCUUUCCUUCUUUCCUUCUCUCUUUCCUUCUUUCUUUCUCUCUUUCCUUCUUUCUUUCCUUCUCUCUUUCACUCUUUCCUUCCUUCUUUCUCUCUUUCCUUCUUUCCUUUCUUCUUUCUUUUUCUCUUUCCUUCUUUCCUUCUCUCUUUCCUUCUUUCUUUCUCUCUUUCCUUCUUCCCUUUUUUCUUUCAUCUUUCUUUCCUUUUCUCUUUCUUUAUUUCCUUCUUUCCUUCUUUCUUUCUCUCUUUCCUUCUCUCUCUCUUUCCUUCUUUUUUUCUCUUUCCUUCUUUCUUUCCUUCUUUUUUUCUCUCUUUCCUUCUGUCUUUCCUUCUUCCUCCUUUUCUCUCUCUCUCUCUCUCUCUCUCUCUCCCUCUCUCUCCUCCUUUUCUCUCUCUCUCUCUCUCUCUCCCUCUCUCUCCUCCUUUUCUCUCUCUCUUUCUCCUCUCUCUUUCUCUCUCUCUCUUUCUCCUCUCUCUCUCUCUCUCUCUCUCUCUCUCUCUUUCUCCUCUCUCUCUCUCUCUCUCUCUCUCUCUCUCUCCGCUCUCUCUCUCUCUGUACCCUGGGUGUCAGUUCAGGGUCAGACCUAAUCCUGUUUCAUGCUGCUAAACUCUCUUUUUUCCUUUUUUUCUUUCUCUUGCUCUCUCCCUCCAUCACACAUGUCUCUCCUUCAGAAAGUCGAGGUCACACUUAAACUCGUUUCACGUCUCUGACCUCCCAUGAUCCUCAGGGCUGUUCUGUUCUUCUUUUCUGUUUCCUUCACUCUCAUCCCAAGUUUCUAUUUUAAUCCGAACUUCUUCUUUGGAAACUUUUUCGUCGUUUCACCGCCUGUCCGUGUUUCUUCUCUCUGUGGGUCUGCAGGGCAGCAGAGAGGCCGUUCUCUGGAUGGCCGUCCACCACAAACAGAAGAAAGCUCUGGAGCUGUUCGCCAGGGAGGUCGCUCCUGCAGGGACCGGCAUGGGUACGACACACACACACACACAGAUAAGGGAGGUUUUGUCCUUCCAAACCAGAUCUUGUUUGUGGUUGGUAUCCAGAGUCUCACACAAACACAGACUCAUGAUCUGAGUGUGAGUCCUGGAGGGAUGGGAGGAGGUAGACCAGCUGAACUCUGAUGACUGAACAUUCCCAGAAAACCCUGAGAUCUCUAAACCUGUUCCUCUGGUUUUCUCUGCUCACAGCUCCUGGACUGACGGGCAUCGUUGGCGGGCGUCCACGAGUGUGAGUGAAACCUACGAACGUUGACGCUCUGAAACUUCGUCUCUGAUCGUCGUAAAAACAUCGAAGUUUCCUGCUUUUUCUGUUUCAGGUCUCCUGUCCUGAAGCCGUUCUUCUUCUUACACCCCAAAUCUCAGCUGAAGGUUUGUCGAAAGAAAAGGAAACGUUUCAAUCCGCUUUAUUCAAGCGAAAACAUCAAGAUGAAACAAAUCAAAAAAUGUUUAGAAUGAAAUAAAAACACAAAAGCAAAUAGAAAUAAAAGUGAUAGAAGGACAGAGAUCACUCAACUCUCACGCUGAGCUAAAAGCCGAGGAAUAAAAACGAGUUUUAAGACGUGAUUUAAAAGUAGAAAAAGUGAAGGGAUGUUUUCUUUUCGAUUCGUUCCACAAUUUGGGCGCCACAGCCGAGAAAGCUCGGUCGCCACGAGGGUCAUUCCAUGAAAUCGGUGCCUUUUACGUCCCCAAGAAGUAAUCAGGCAUAAAAUAAUGAUAACAACAAAUUAACAUGUAAUUUAAAAUAACAUCAAAUUAAAUAUCAUUUUAAAUAAUUAAAAUUACUUAUAUGCUGAUGAGGUUUUUGGCCUGUCCCUCACUACUACUGUUGUACAUAAACAAGACUUUAAAUUUAGAUAUAAUAAAAUUGUCACAUUUACAUAUUUUUUUGAGUGUGACCCUAUUAGUUUUUUAAGUAAUAAUAUAUUAAUCAUUAUAAAUAUUUACCAAUUUAUCGGCGUCCCCUGAUUUCAUGUCAAUCCUGUUGUUGUCAUUAAUUUGAUAAAAAUGUAAAAAAACUUAAAUGGUCUUUCAACACUCACUGUUGUAAUUUAAAUUACAUUAUAUUUUAGAUUGGACCAUUUUUCAAUAUUUCUAUUCUAAAAAAAUAUCUGAUAUGUUGAGACUGACAUGCAAAAUUAGGGAAAAUUUGAUCAUCAGAAUGACAAAUAUAAAUAAAAUAAUCAUAAUGGUAAAAGAGACUGAAGUAUUGCUAAUAUAUGUACCAUAUAUCGCAUAUUUAUAAUUAGAAAUAUUGUAUUUUGUCAAGUUUAUGUCGGUAACAGUAAGAAAAACGGUCAUAAAAUAUUAAAUAACAGCCUGAGAUGGUUCAAUGUCAUUUCCUGUUAUUUUAAACAUUCUUUGAUUUCUGGGUAAUUAAAAAUUAACAAUUAAAUAUCGUUUCAGUUUUAAAAUUUCUAAGUUGAAAAGGUGCCGAUUUCAUGACCCACGAGUUUUAAGGACGAUGAGUCGGAGCGUUUAAAAGGUCGGAGAUGUACCGUGGUGCUGAUCCGUUUAAAGAUUUAAAAACAAACAAUAAAAUUCUAAAAUGAACGGGAAGACGACGGAGGGACGCAGGAAAAGGAGGGAUGUGGUCAUGUUUUCGUUUACCUGUUAAAAGACGAGCAGCAGCAUUUUUGACGAACGCCGACGUAAAGAGCGUUACAGUCAUCCAAUCAAAGCGUGGAAAUAAAAACAGGAAUGAUGCGAAAUCAUUAAAAGAUAAAAACCGGUUAAUUUUUCAAUUAAAGCCUCACACCGUUUUUUUUUUCCGUGCGAUUAAUUCGGACAUCAAUAUUUUUAAUUUUAUUUAUUAGAUUUUAUUUAAUUUAUUUUUUUUAUUUUGUUUAUUAUUAUUUAUUUUUUUUUAUUUUUAUUUUUAAUCAAUCAUUAAAAGAUAAAAAAACGGUUAAUCUUUGGAUUAAAGCCUCACACUGUUUUUUUUUUUCGUGCGAUUAAUUCGGACAUCAAUAUUUUUAAUUGUAUUUAUUAGAUUUGAUUUGAUUUAUUUAUUUUAUUUUAUUUAUUAUUAUUUAUUAUUUUUCAUUUUUAUUUUUAAUCAAUCAUUUAAAGAUAAAAAACGGUUUAACCUUGGAUAAAAGCCUCAAGGUCCUUACCCACCAGUAGUGUUUUUUUUUUUUCGUGCGAUUAUUUCGGACGUCAAUAUGUUUUUUCGAACCCGUAUCCUGUCAAUACAAGCGUUCACAUCAGCGACGUUUUCCCGUCCUGCGAUAUUGCGGCAUUCUAAAAUUUUGCAUAAUGUGUGUCAGUCUUCUCCUUUCCACCGGGGACGCGACUUUUUUUCCCCACGGAAAAGUCGCAAAAUUUGCAUCGCGCUUGAUGUGUAGAGUCAGGCGCGUCAAAAUCCGCCUCCGAAUAUUUUGUAAUUUCGUAUAUUUGCGUCUGUCCUGGUGUGUAAGGACCUUAAGACGAUGAAAACUGGAUUUAACGACCGAGUUAAUUUGUUGAUCCGAUUUAAAAUCAUCGUCAACUUUUACACCAAAAAGUUGUUUCAAAAAUUUUUCACGUAUGAUGAUUAAAAAAGUAAAUAUGGAGAAAAAAGUGGAAAACUCACAAGGUUCAAAUCCCUGUUUGUAAAAAUAAAGUAGUUAAAGAUGUAAAGGAUGAACUCGUACAUGUUUACGAUCCAAAAAUUAAAAAUCAAAUCGAGAAAAAAGUCGGAAACUUUAAUCCUUGUUUUUAGUUUCGGCUCAUUUGUCGAUCUGAGGUUUUUCGGCGUUCAGGGUUUAAAUCGGUCUCAAUUAAAACCAACAGUCGUCUGAGGGUUCGGUUUCCCCGCAGGUCGACAUCCACGUGGACGGAGAGCUGGUGGAGUCGCUCACGGAGGCGGAGCCGGACGCAUCAGAGGGAGAGGUUCCGCCCACUUCCGAGGAGGACGUACCCGACAAAGGUAAACAAACACGCUCCAGUUUCACGUCCGAUAAUUCUCACCUACGAAAGAGUGACGUCACACUCAGUCAGGCUGAGCCAAUAGAAUGACCGUUGUCAUAGUUACCCGGGCGUAAAGGAGUUUGAAGUUACAGCUGUCUGCCAACAGAGGGCGACAACGUGUAACAGUCGUUAACGCGACGUAGAAAAACUCAGAUUCUGAGUUUGUCAAAGGCCCUCUUGUUGUGUGUGUGUGUGUGUGUGUGCGCAUGCGUGUGUGUAUGUGUGUGUUUAAAAGAACACAUGCUGGGCCUUUCUAACCCUUCACCAAGGCUGCAUUCACAAGGCCUCAGAGACAAACACAGUAAAACACUGACCCACAUCCUUCUGAGGCGAGAACCUGUGAAUCGAGGACUUCUGAUACGACUCUCUACACACACACACACACACACACACACACACACACACACACACACACACACAGGGUCCUGGCUGCGUCCCCCACCUUCCUCACGUUCCUGCUGGGAACAGUCCAGCCCUCUUCAGCCACCAGAACAAACCAAAGUGAAUAAAAAACAUUCAGAUGCAGGAAGAAAAGACGGAGCUGGUGUGUUAAAUAUUCAUCCACCUUUUUAUAUCAGACAGAAAAUCACUGAUUAGCCGCUUUGAUUGAGAGCGUCUCUGCAGAAAAACACUGAACGUGACGUGAAUCCAUCUGGAUAUUGUAAACAUCUAAAACUGACUGAGGGAUGAAACUAGCAUACCGGACCGUAUCGAACUUAAGCGGGGGCGUUUCUCCACUUCUGUAGUCUAUAAACUGGGCCAAGAACCUUCUACUGUAGUAAAAUGAAAAGGUAAAGGUGUUUUUAUUGAGCCGAAUUAUCAAUAAAAUCAUGAUUUUGUUAACAGGUAUGGAUUUAUGUGCUGUUGAGUUAAUAUAUGUGAACAAGAGCACAGUAAAGUUAAAUCAGAUAAUUUUCCAAUGAGGUUCUGUUAGUGAACGGAACUACACCAUGUUCUACUGAGGUUAGUACAUAUAGGGUCCCAGCCAUAGUACUAUACACCAAACAUCUUUUUAACUUUAGCAAAGAGACUAAAAACAACUCACCUACUCUCUUCCAGCAGACGCUUGUUUGUAGCGAGACUUCCGGCGAGUCCAUCAACUACAGCGGGGUGCCGCAGCUCAAGGAAGAACAUUUAUGAUCAGAAAAAUUAGUUAAGAGUCAUUUACAUUUUAUCUUAACGAUACCCUGAAUGAUUUCUUUCUCACGGGUGCCUUGAAAAACGGUCUCGCGAGUGCCAGUCUACGCGAGCAGGAACAGAGACAGAGAAAAAAAAAAUGGACGGUACGAAAAGUCGUCAGAAACGAGCGAAAUCGUGGCUUCAUUUUACUAAGAAAGAAAAUCAUUCCUUUACCAUUUCCUUGAAGUAAUAAUCACCAUAUUAAUCAUUUUAUAGACACAGUAGUUCUUCUGUCUCAGCGUCUCGGUCUGAUUGUAUUUCCAUGAAGAAAUUAUCACAAAUGUUCUUCCUUGAGCUGCGGCACCCCGCUGUAGUCCGUAAUGGACUGGCCUGAGGUCUCUCUACAAACAAGCGUCUGCUGGAAGAGAGUAGGUGAGUUGUGUUUAGUCUCUUUGCUAAAGAAAUGAGUCAAAGUUAAAUUGAUGUUUGGUGUCUAGUACUAUGUCUGUGACCCUAUAUGUACUAACCUCAGUAGAACAUGGUGUAGUUCCGUUCACUAACAGAACCUCAUUGGAAAAUUAGCUAAUUUAACUUUACUGUGCUCUUGUUCAAAUAUAUUAACUCGACAGCACAUAAAUCCAUACCUGUUAACAAAAUCAUGAUUUUAUUGAUAAUUUGGCUCAAUAAAAACACCUUUACCUUUUCAUUUUAACUACAGUAGAAGUUUCUUGGCCCAGCUUAUAGACAACAGAAGUGGAGAAACGCCCCCGCUUAAGUUUGUUUUCUCAGGAGUUAGAACAACUCUGAAUAUAGUACUAUGUCUGUGACCCUAUAUGUCCUGUUGAUGAAGGUUCUUCUUUAAGAUCUUAAAGGGGUCGGUUCCUCAUCUUCAGCUCUCGGAUGUAGACUCACCUUUCUCACGCUCACAUUAAACAUGUCUCCAGAGAUCUUCUCCAGGAGGAAUAAAAACCCUGAUCCUGUUUUAUUUUCUCACGUUCCUGUUCUGAUCUGGUCAGCUGAGCCAAACAAACACGUCUGAUUUCUGGUUUCUGUCCAGAGCUGCCCAGCGGACCACACAGCUACAGGCUGGAGGAGCUGGCCUACACCCGGAGUGGAGACAAAGGAGACUCGGCGAACAUCGGUGAGAGAAAAAAAACACUCCAGAGACACACGUGAGGGAGUCCUGCGAGGAAACUCAAGUUAGUUAACAGACUGAAAGUGUCCUCAUCGAGGCUCAGCCUGCAAAAGAGGCAGGACAAAGAGGCUCGCAGCAUUAGCAUGUUCGCUUUGAGGAUCUUUAUUGACCCGUUCCCACUGGAAAAACCCUCCUAAAGGGACCAGGAACUUUUUUGAGGAGUUUCCACAGCAGGAACCAAAGUCAGGUUUAGCUCUAUAAUCACCAAAAAUGUCUUUCUCUGGACUAACAGAUUCAGAGAACAGCUCCUCUAAGAAAGGUUCCCACAGAUUUAGGUUCUGGUUCCUAGUGGUACUCUCUGGUUCUCCUAAACGUCUCCUUGUUUUGUCUCUCAGGGGUGAUCGCUCGACAUCCCCUCUUCUUCCCCUACCUGAAGAAACACCUGACCUCCUCCGUGGUGGAGGAGUAUUUCUCCCAUCUCAUCGAGUCGGGGACGAAGGACGCCGUCACACGGUGAGGACGAAGAGUGUGUGAGAGAGUGUGUGUGUGUGUGUGUGUGAUGUUGACAUCAGGUCAGAUGUUCCCAAAGUCACGGUGCUCAGAGGAAGUGUUGCAGAAAUGAGGACAAGUGUGACGGUUUCUAGAAAUCUAAAAAAGGCGUCACGUCUUUUUCUGACUCUUCACUUCCUUUAACCAAGUUUCACUUUUUAUUCUUUUUCUUUUUUUCUUUUGCUCUUGAAAAACUUUUAAAUUUUUUUUACUUUCUCAUCAUGCUAAUUUCUCUUUCUCUCUUUCUUUGAUUCCUCUCUUGUUUCUGUCUCCCUUUUUUGUUUUUCUAUGUUCUUUUUUAAAUCUCUUUUCUGUCUUGUUUUGAACUUCCUAGUUUUUUUCUUUCUUUCUUUCUUUCUUUCAUUAGUCCGUCCUCCCUUUUGUUUUUUCUUUAAAAUUAUUGAAUGAAUUAUUCUUUCUCUCUUUUUAUUCUGGUUUAUUUAUCAUCCUCGUGUCCUUUUUCAUUCUUUUUUCAUUUUUUGACUUUUUCUUUUUUUCAUAUUUUAAGUUCCUUUUCUUUCACGUUUAUCUCAGUUUUUUUUCUUAUUUUCAGUUUUUUCGUAUCGCUCUAAAAUAUUCUCUUUCAGAUUUUGUGUUUUCACUUUUCUUUUUUAUUCUUUCAAAUUCCCAUUCUUUUUGUAUUGACGUUUUUCUUUAACUUAAAAAUUGUUUUUUCUUCUUCUUUUCUUUCUCUCUUUUUCCUUUACAGACUUUUUCAUUUUUUGAUUUCUUUCUUGUUUCUUUCUCCCUUUUUUGAUUUCUUUUUUAAAUAAAUAUUUUUUCUGUCUUGUUUUGAAUUUUCCAUUUUUUUUCUUUCUAUCUUUCUUUUUCCGACUCUUCAUUUCCUUUAACCAAGUUUCACUUUUUAUUCUGUCUUUUUCUUCUUUGCUCUUGAAAAACUUUUUUUCCUUUUUUAAUUUUUUUUACUUUCUCAUCAUUAAUUUCUUUCUUUCUUUGAUUUAUUUAUAGUUUUUUUCUCCAUUUUUUGUUUUUCUAUUAGUUCUUUUUUAAUUCUUGUUUCUGUUUUGGUUUGAACUUUCUAGUUUUCUUUCUUUCUUUCUUUCUUUCUUUGUCUGUACCCUCAGUUCAGGGUCAGUCCUGUUUCAUGAAAAAAAGAUCGUCAUCGCUAAAUGCCGCUAAUGUCUUCUGGGUAGAUUUAUGUGUUUUUUGAGCAAAGUUCUUUUUGUAUCAGUUUCUGUUUUUGUUUUUUCGUUGACUUCGAUGGUUCUGAAUCUACUGUCACGUUUAUUUUCCAUCAUUUUUGCUCCAUAAACUGGUAGCUGAGGAUGUCCUGAGUCGUUACAGAGAUUUUUACAAAAAAAACAAAAAAAGAGGCGGACCAAAAAUUACAAAAUGUAGCUGGGAAUUUGAAGGUUUAAUUAAAAACAGAAGCAAAUAAUCAUUUAGGAGGAAAAACAACAAAUCAUCACAGUCACCUGAUUAUUCGAUAGAUCGAUAUUUUAACAUGGGGCUCUAUGGGAGCUGACUCGCUUUCAGACGCAGCCUCUAGUGGACACUGGAGGAACUGCGGUUUGUGGAUGUCAGCUUUGAAUCUCAGAAAGUGGAGGUAUUUGAUCAGACUCACAGAUUUCAACAGAGCGCACACACACACACACACGCACACACACACACACACACACACACACACUUAGCGGAGAUUAGCUUCUGCGGUCGGUGUAAUCGCUGUCAGACGUCGGCCUUCAGCAACAAGACACAACACAGCAAAAAAACAAGACACACACAAUCUGUGGUUGGAGAGAUAUUAGUCACACACACACACACACACACACACACACACACACACACACACACACACACACAGAAACCUCUCUCCUGUUUUCCUGUCUUCUCUGCUUUCUUUGUUUAUCUCCUAUCGUUGGAGAUAAUCUGAAGGACAUCUCUGAGUCCAAACGUUCCUCCCUUCCUUUCUUUCUUUCUUUCUUUCUUUCUUUCUUUCUUUCUUUCUUUCUUUCUUUCUUUCUUUCUUUCUUUCUUUCUUUCUUUCUUUCUCUCGGGGUAAACGGUCUUGGACAGUCCCGGUUCAGGUCUGGAUCUGGUCUGUUGAGGUACUUUGUGAAGAAUACCUCAGCGGUCCGAGUGUCUGGAUGAGGAUCCAGGUUGGCUCUCCAAAGGUGUAUUAGAGGUUUGUUUACCUCCGGCUCCCCUGAUGUUUCCCAGAUGUUGCUCAAACUGAGUCCACCAACAGAGAGAAAGGAGAUCCCUUAUCCUGUUUAGACCUCUUAACAUAUCACCGGCUCCGUUUUCAAACCAAACAAAAACCACAGGGACUCCAGAUUUAACCGAGAGACACUGCAGACGCUGAGAGACACGAAACAUCUGAGUCAGGAGAAGAACCGCAACAGCAACACAACUUCCUCUGAAAUGAGACACAGUGCUGUAGACACCGCUGUCCCUCAUGACCCUCCUUCAAGGUAAUCCCCGUGAAACGACACAACAGAGGCUGAGGGUUCGAUGUUUGGACGUCUGGAGGUUCAGUCUGUCUCCAAACAAGAAGACGGAGACGGCGGGGAAUCACGAGGUCGCUUUAAAAAGAUGAAACACCUGAGAGACGCAGAAAUGAGCCGCUGGAGUAGAUUUAAAGAGUCUGUUUAAAGGCAUGGUUGAUGGAGAGAUCGGUCAUUUUGAUGAACCUCGUUUCCAUGGCGAUCACGGUCCGAUAGUGCGAUCUCCACAAAGCGAAGAGAAAAAAGAACGGAAAAAAUCCGUUCACCCCAUCAGGUGCAGGGCUGCAAAAACACUGACCAAUGGGAGCCAUCCUUCCUGGACGCGACAUUUUUUUUAUAGGAUGGAAGGGGAAAGUCCCGCCUCCUUCGCCUCUGAUUGGCUAGAAAAGCUGGAAACAUUAUCAUACUCCUAUAUCGCCUAACCCGACAGACGAUGACGUUUCACAGUCAUUAGGAAUAACCAAUCAGAGACGAAGAAGGCGGGACCUUCCCCUACCAUUCUACGAAAAAAGAAAUAUCGGCUCCCGGCCCUCCUCGGAGCUCUGAACGGCUAAAAGUAGCGUAGCAGCUUAGCUACAGGAGCUGUGAUGGAGAAGGACGCAAAAAAAAAAAAACACUUCAGCUCGCCCCACCGACAAAAGUGGGAAGAAAACGCCGACAGAAGAAAGGGCGGAGUCGAAGAGGACAUGUGACCAAGCGAGGAAUCUAACUCGAAUAAACAUCGGGUCAUCCUUUCCAGUUGAUGGCGUUUACCGCCGCUAGUCACUAACAAUCCGACACGGUGGAUCCUAUUUGAAGCUAGCGUAGGAUCUUCUGCCAGAGGGGGUGUGUCGUGGGGAGGGCGAUACAGGUUCAGGGGGCGGAGUUAUGGUGGAGAUUUUAGGAGAAUUAAAAUCGGAGAAACAGGUGAAAUCAUAAACACGAACAUUUCCGAAGACUUUGAAAAACUUGUCGAUAUUUUCGGUAUAAAGAGUAAAAAUUAGUUGUCCGAGGAUUGACCCCUGGGGUACUCCUGUGGGUGACACUCACAGUUUGCACAGUUCUGCUCACGAAAACACGACGUUCUAUUGUUUGUGUCGGCUUUCCUUGCAGUUGCAGCUUGCGGCCACAGAGGGCGCUAUUGAGGAGAGAUUAAAAAAAGAAACGCAGCUCAACAGUGACCCCCCUGAAGGUUUAAAUAUACAGCGAAGGAUUGUGGGGGAAAGUGCGCGGACGUGUCUGAGCGAUGACUCAGCGCGCCGCGUGUUAGCGAUUAGCUUAAUGAAGAGGAGGAGGAGGAGGAGGAGGCCGUAAAGCGCGCUGACCUGCGUCUCCUCUCACACCCUGAACGCCUCCCUGCCGCCGCAGACGCUUCAUUAGAGCACCUCCACCGCUUGUUAAAGCUGCGGGAGACUCACACACACACACACACACACACACACACACACUUAACUGCUCACACACACACACACACACACACACACACACACACACACACACACUCAGGUUUUUUUGCAUAUGAUCACCCCCUCUCUUCGGUGCAGCUGCAGAUGUAUACGAGAACAAACGCACGUUUUACACAUCAGACCGAGUUUUAUCAACCAUGACGCACACACACACACACACACACUGGAACACAUUAAAGCGCAAUAAGCUGCUGCAGACCUGAGUGUGUGUGUGUGUGUGUGUUUAAAAAGUGUACACUCUUGUGUUGUGGUAAUAAGUGUGUGUGUGUUUUUUUUUGUAGAUACACUCUGCCGGGGAUCCACGGUCUCAACUUCGUCCUGAAGAAUUCACUGGGAGGGGGAGGGGUGGCCUCUCUACGCAGUGACCCCCAGGUAACACACACACACACACACACACACACACACACACACACACUUACACUAGGUCUGAGGUCUCAAAGAGACUUGAGAUACUUUCAGGAGACCGAACUUCACCCUGACAUUCAAAACUUAAAAAAGAGCUUUUCCAGACAGACGAUGGAGAAGUUUGUUCAAGAAAAACAGACAAAAACAAGCAAAAAUGGACAAAAACAGUCAAAUACAAACAAACACAACCAAGAAAAGACAAACACAUACAGACAAAAACAACAAAAAAGACAAAAUCAGACAAAACUAGAAAAACACAAACAAAAACAAGCAAAAUUGGACAAAAACAGACUGAAAAAGGACGAAAACAGACAAAGACAAACAAAAAACAGACAACAACAGGCAAAAACCAACAAAAAUCGACAAAAAAGGGCAAAACCAAACAAAAACAAGCAAAAAACUGACAAAAAAGGACGAAAACAGACAAAGACAAACAAAAAACAGACAACAACAGGCAAAAACCAACAAAAAUCGACAAAAAAGGGCAAAACCAAACAAAAACAAGCAAAAAACUGACAAAAAGGGACAAAAACAGACAAAGACAAACAAAAAACAGACAACAACAGGCAAAACCAAACAAAAACAAGCAGAAAACUGACAAAAAAACCCAGACAAAAGCUGAUAGGAACAGACAAAACUAACAAAAAACAGACAAAACAAGCAAAAAUGGACAAAAACAGACAAACACAAACAAGAAAAGAUAAAAACAAACAAAAAAAGACAAAUCAAACAAAAAAGGUAGAUACAAACAAAAACAAGCAAAAUUGGACAAAAACAGACCAAAAAAGACAAAAACUGGCAAAAAAACAGACAAAAACAAACAAAAAUAAGAAAAAACUGACAAGAAAAAAAGACAAAAAUAGACAAAAACAAAAAACACAAAAAACACAAAACACAAACACAAACAAAGUUAUAAACAGAAACAGACAAAAAGACAAAAACAGACAAUAAUAGACAAACCCAAACAACAACAGACAAAACCGGGAAAAAACAAACAAACAAAAAAAAAAAAAACAGACAAAAACAGACCAUAAAAAGGACAAAAAUGGACAAGAACAGACAAAGACAUAAACAGACAAAAACAAAAACAGACAAAAACAUAAACAGACAAAAACAAAAACAGACAAAAACAAAAACAGACAAAAACACAGCUCUGACUUUCUGCUCUUUCUUCAUCCCGGAGUUUCUCUUCACUUUCUUCCUCUUUUCUCCUCCUUAUUUCAUCACCUCCUGUCCUCGUUCAGAUCGGACUCACUUUGACCUGAAAAUGUUUCUCUUCUGUCGUGUCGUCAGGGCGUCUGCGGAUCAGAUACAGGACAACAGAAUUUUCAGACAUUUGAGGCGUUUUAAUUUAAAUCUAAGUUUUCAAAGAGCAGAAGUGAAAGUUUCCAGGUUUAGAAGCAACAUCUGCGUCCAUCCAGACAAAAACAUCUUCAGUGAAGACCUUCAUAUGAUCCCAAACCACAUUCUGACAACAGCAUGGCUCUGUAGGAGAAGAGUCCUGCUGAGGACUCAGAGGUCGAGUUUGGUCGUCUUCCUCUGGCGUAGAUUCAGAUCCUGAGUUUCAGAUCUUCUCUGCAGACCACACAGAACAGAUUUACCGAGCCUCAUUAAAGCCUCGUUACUCUUCGUCAUCGCGGCGCUGACUUCAGGAAACAGCUUCAACACACACCCCCACUCCUCGUAGACGCUCCUGUAAAGUUUUUACCGCCUCGCUGGAAUCCACAACACAUCAAACACACACUCCAAUAAAACUCCAACACAUGAGGCGUAAAUCCAAACACAUGAGCCGGCUCUUUGUUUUCCUCCUGCGGUGAGUUUCUAAAGUCUCUGCUCUGUCUUUUUUUUUCAGGGUAAAGCUUACGGUCAGAUGCUGCUGGACCUGAAGCUGAAAGGACUCCCCGACCUCAAGUCUUUGGUGGACUGAGCGAAAGUGAGAGAGACUGAGAGACGGAAGGAGGUAAAGAUGGAACGAGAAGAAGAAACUCCGAAAGACUUUAUUUCAUCUCGACUGAAACACAAGAGGAUCGUUUACAGAUCGAAGAGAUUUUCUCUGUCCUGAAACAUUGAGACGGCCGAAUCAAAGUGAGAUCGACUUUUGAAAAACUUUCUUUUCUGCUGGAUCAGUACGAUCCGCACUCCGCAACCAAACCAGACAUCCAGGACUCCAUUAGAGGUUUUUAAAGGGAUAUCCGGGCGUAAAAUUAAUUUAGGGUCAAACACACUGUAACACCGAGUUAGACCCCCCCU